UUAUUUAUUAAUAUUCGAAAUAUUUUUUCAUCAUCCCUGGUAAAUUGAACAAAUGGUGGAUCAGUGCAUGUUGUGUUGUUAUUAUUGUUAAUACUGUGAUAAUGCUUUUGUAUAGGCUGAUCAGCCUGUUACUUGGCGGUAGCGGAGUUUGCCUAGCUGGAAUAGCGUCAGUAGAGGAUAUACAAGGAUAUGGUUAUCCAGUUGUGAAGGACAAGUUGAAAACUAAUGAUGUUGCGUCAGAUCAAUCUGAUGCUUUCUCUGUUUACAAGAAUUUAAUGGAUGUAAAGGAGGUGAUAGGAGAGAGGAAACCCAAGGAUGACAGUGAGGGAUUACGAAUGGUGAAAGCAGCUAUAAAGACUGUUCUUGAAACUGCUUUACACAGCUUCUUAAACGGGUUUCUGCCUGCAAUGGACCGUGUCCGGAGAAGCGCCGAUGAUGAGAAGAGAAGCUACCUUGAUGGUGUAGUUUACAUGAUCGGAGCUCUCCUGGGUAAACAGAAAUGUUCUCAUAUGAUCGCUUGCAGAACCGGAAAAAUGGUUCAGACCAAGAUGCCUGGUGCUCAGUUAGCGGUAAUGAUGGCUGAACCAAUGAUACCAAACUCAAUGCUGGAUUGGUUUGGUGUAGUCAAGAAGUCCGUCAUUGAUAGGUCGGAUAACUGUGAUAUCGAAUACGACUGUUCCCUUCAAGAAGAUAAUUACAUUCCUAAUUCUUUGCCCGUCCGUCCUAAAUAACCAGUGUUCCAUUUUCUAGUCCUCGUUCUGUGCUAAACUCUGAACAUUCCUAUAGGAACUCGCUACCCGAACAUUACUACUUAUUACCACCGAGAGCUCUUUUUAGAUCAAAUCUUAUUUAAUUAUGUUUUCUAAUUGUGAUCUGACCAUUCACACAAAUUUUAUGACAUGUGCGCACUUAAAUAUAUGUAGAUUUUAUUAUUAAACUAUAAUAUCAUA